UCGCUUCCCGAGGCUGACAUUACACGCUCGCUCGCUCGCUCCUCUGUGGAAAAACUCGGCGUCAGUCAGCGUAUGCGGAGAGGAAACUUUCUUCCUUUGACGGCGCGCAGUCGACGAGAUUUGCAGCUUUCCCGAGCACACGCCGCUCCGUCUGUUUGGAUUACUGGCAUCCGCGACUCCAAAAACAUAAUCCGCAAAGCUUUUCGGAAGGUGGAUUUGUGCGGUUCCCUUCAAUUUGUGCGUGACAACUGUAUUCAAGUGCGCGCGGCUUCCGGAUAUAUCACUGUUUUGCUGUAUCUCUCGAACAAGAGCACAGUUUGCGGAUUUUUGCUUCUUUACGUCGGUUAACCCCCUGAACUCGCUUUAAAUCUCACGUUGGUUUAAUUCGUCUUAAAUGUCAGCGCCAGCAUGAAUACACGCACGUAAGAGUGGAGAUUUUUCCCGAUGAAAGGAGUCGAGCGUUCAGCUCGAGUUCACUAGGGUCACUUCCGGAUGAUGACAGUAAACAUGGAUGGCGGUCUUCAAAAUGGACCUGGACAGCACAAGAGCUCACAAGAUGAUGAAGAGGCGCUCACCUCCAUAAUGAAGGACUUGGCAGCUUUACGCUUCUGUUACCAGCUCAAGAGCAACAACAGCAACAAACCCAAGAGCAGAACCCCGUCCUACAGACAGGAUUUACGGGUGAAGCUGGAGCAUGAGCGAGAGAAACGAAUCAUUCCGUUCCAAAGACCGCUGAAGCUCAAAGAUCUCCUUCAGAAGGUGACAGAGGCCUUCGGUCAGCAAAUGGACCUUUACUACACUGAUAAAGAGAUGUUGGUGGCUCUGAAGUGUCAGGAGGAUUUGGACCGAGCAGUUCAGGGAUUGAGCUCCAGCUCUGGAAUGAACAAUCUGCUGAGAGUGAUUCUGAAAACACCUCCCAACAACCAAUUCCUUCAGGUGAGCGGCCAAGACAAGCAGAGCGAGAUGAAGUCAUCCAGGUCCCUGGGAGAUCUCAAAGCCUCGGUUCUCAAAGGCUCUGAACGAGUGCGCAAACACUCUACAGGAUCUCUGAACACGGGCCGCACCUCACCCCCUCCAGGCAGCGUACCAGAAGAACAACAGCAGAUCGCUCGGCAGGGGUCCUACACCAGCAUCCACAGCGAAGGAGAGUUCAUUCCAGAAAUGCUCGACUCCAAUAUUAUGGAACCGUUUGGGAGUGCAAAUGGGUCACUUUCCAGCAGCUGUCAGUCACUGGACCAAGCACUGGACAGCCCUCCAUUCUCCCAGAACAACCGGGACAACAAUUACCUGAACCUCAACUAUGAAUACAAAGGGCGUCAUGGAAAACACGGGACCUUUCCACGCCAGUUCCACAUGUCCAGUCGCAGUAAAGACUACGGUGACGGGCGAAGGACCUUCCCUCGAAGCUUUAUGCCUCAAGAGAACCUGUUUCAGCUUGUCCCGUCCAGCCGUACACGCAGCUAUAAUGGAGAAAGCACCUUGCUGUACAGUGGAGAUCUGCACUCCAUCAGCUGGACUGAGAAAAACAGCCAACGCAACACUCCUAAAUCCCCAAGGGCUCCUGUGAACUGGCGUCAGGGGAAACUGCUCGGUCGGGGGGCAUUCGGAGAGGUCUAUCUCUGCUACGAUGUUGACACGGGACGCGAGCUAGCAGCCAAGCAGGUGCCCUUCGACCCUGAAUGUCAGGACACCAGCAAGGAAGUGAACGCGCUGGAGUGUGAGAUCCAGCUCUUGAAGAAUCUGCGUCACGACCGUAUCGUGCAGUACUACGGCUGCUUGCGUGAUCCGGUGCAGAAAAAGCUGUCCAUCUUUGUGGAAUUCAUGCCUGGGGGCUCUAUUAAAGACCAGCUGAAAGCGUACGGAGCACUGACUGAAAAAGUCACCCGCAGAUACACCCGACAGAUCCUGCAGGGAGUCCACUAUUUGCACAGCAACAUGAUCGUACACAGAGACAUCAAAGGCGCUAACAUUCUGAGGGACUCCUCUGGAAAUGUGAAGCUGGGAGAUUUCGGGGCUAGCAAGCGCAUUCAGACCAUCUGCAUGUCCGGGACGGGAAUCAAAUCGGUCACUGGCACCCCCUACUGGAUGAGCCCGGAAGUCAUCAACGGAGAAGGCUACGGGCGCAAAGCUGAUAUUUGGAGUGUUGCCUGCACGGUUGUAGAGAUGCUAACCCAGAAGCCCCCGUGGGCUGAAUACGAAGCAAUGGCAGCCAUUUUUAAGAUCGCGACGCAGCCGACUAAGCCAAACCUGCCCGAGGGGGUGUCCGACGCAUGCAGGGACUUCCUGCGGCAGAUCUUUGUGGAAGAGAAAUGGCGGCCCACUGCCGAGGGGCUUCUCAGCCACUUUCGUCCAGGGCAGCUUCUGAUCCCGCAGAUCUCGGACCUCUCCGGAGUCUCCAGAGAAAACCACACACCUGCCCGCGGACAAUCACCACUCUUGCCUUCCAGGGUCCGGAGAAACCCACCAACCAGCCGACUAAGAACAAACGUGACGUGUGUAUGUGUCUCUCUAACGCAGCUCGACAAACACCACGGACAGCUGAUAGCGCUUCCCGUAUUGUUAAUUAGAGUCAGAGCUCUGUCCCAAAUGAUCGAGAACGUCAUUUCAGGAGCUACACAACCCUCGUUAAAUAGACGGCUCUCGGGAGUUGUCGUCAUAGUUGGGUAAACUUAGGCGCAAAUGUAAUUCUGCAUUCCUGUUAGGUUCAAAAGCAAAAGAGUAAAAAAAUCCACCAUAGCAUUUCCGUGACUUUAUAAAAGAAAGGGAUUAAUCAUAGCUUUCAUGAGGGAGAAUGAUGUCAGAUGUCAGCAGUGUUAAUUAUUUUUUUAUUUACUGUCACAAAUUAUAGCGCUAUAAAUAUAUAUUAAAUAUUUGAAAAAUGAAAAUACGACAAGCUUUAUUCGAUUUUUAAUGUUUAUAACCAUGGAAACGUGUCGUCACAGUCUAUGACGUGACCACGGUUUACUGUUAAUUCAUGAAAAAUAAUUUAGCACAACCGUUCUUAUAAAUUGAGCAUGAAUAAAUUAAAAUAAUUCAAUGUUUGGUGAAACAACAACAAAUUAAGUGGUUUUUUUUAACAAUUAAUGGUUCAAAAUAAUAACAAUUUUCAAAAUGUUAAGUGGUGCGACUCUAAAAACCUUAAUAUUUAUAAUCGAAUAAUUUAUAUUUCUGAAAAAAAAAGCGCUUUUAAGCCUUGUGAAAAUCGCAGCACUAAAAAUGUGUUCACUUGAAUCACAAAUUAAAAAAAUUAUAAAUAUGUGCACACUCAAUGUGUAUUUAACAUGUAGGGAUAUUAUCGAUGGUUACGCCAUAUUACGUUUUUAUAAAUGGUAUAGAGGAUUUUUUUAUAUCAUAAAAUGCAUUAAUAAAAAUGCACACUUCUGUUUGUCAUUGUCAUUUGGGACAGAGCCUUCGGCUAGGGAUUGAUACAAUGCAGUCAAAGUGCCAACACUUAUAACUAUACUGGCACAUAAAGUGUCACUGCCCAAACGAUACUGAUUACAGUAGCUUAGUUUACAUGCAUUACUGCCGGUUGACUUUAUCUGACCCCUGAUGCACUUGAAACCAGCCCAAGCGCUCUGACGCGAUACUACAGGGGUUGCUGGACAAAUCACAUAUGGCCUGUGUUUGGCCCAAAUGUAUUACGGUGGUCUUUUGUUUAACAGAAUUGAAUUGGUCAUAAAAGAGAGUUGAUUUUGAUUAUGGCUCGUGUACCUCUGUAUCCCUGGGUCCAAUCCUGAGUGUCAUCGAAAGUACAUAGACAAGACCUCAUGGAGCAAUUAUAACGGUAUAUGUACUGUACAAUACUCAUUGGAGUAAUUUUUUGUUAAGAUUACGGCGUUUGAUGGUUAGAAUCUAACCAAAUAAGAAUGACACAGAGCAAGACAUAUGCAACCACCAAAGUGGUAUGAGACAGAGCAAUGUGUAAUUUUUUUCACGUCUUCUUAGCUAACGAAGACUGUAUAAACACAUCUUUUUUUUUUAUAUUACGUAACGUUUUAGUUAAAGCACUCUUCACCCAGAGAUAAUCACUGUAAAUACGUUCCCAUUGCACUCUUGGAUUCAUGCAUAGAGCACAUAGGAUAAUCAGCUGAGAUAUUUUUAUACGUUUUUUUUAUUCACGUUUGGAAUGACAAGAACCAAACCUUUUUGUAUUAUUAUAAAAGAUUACCCUAAAGUGUCAAAGCAAUAUUUCAGAGAAGACUACUACGGCUUGUGUGUUAGCGUUCUUUACUGUUCGCUCAGUCGAAUACAACCAAAGAGUGAGAUGCUUGAAUUAUGAAUUUGGUCACUUCAGAACAGUUCGGUGUCUUGAUUUGUGAUCCGUAUGGGGAGUUUCUUACUUUUGUUGACUCAGACUAUUCUGAUGUGCAGGUGUUUUCCUUAUCGUUAUGAAAUAAACACAGUGUAACAAAAAAGUUAAAGCAAGUAGUUCGCCCAAAAAUGUUAUUCUUCGUAUAAACCGAUUUGGAGGGAUUUAGCAUUUCGUCACUUGCUCAAAGUUGAACCUCUGCAGUGAAUGGGUGCCGUCGGAAUGAGAGUUCAAACAGCUGAUAAACACCACAAUAACUCACAAAUAGUUCACAGUGCAGAGGAAAGCUGUUAUGUUUAAUAUUUGCAAUAAACAAAUCAAUAGUUAAUUCACGGCACCCAUUCACCGCAAUGCUCAAUUUCUCCAAAUCUGUUCUGAUACAGAAACGAACUCAUCUUGGUUUUCCUUGGGUGGCAUUUUUGGAUGAACUAUUCCUUUAAACACACAUUGUCUUAAAUCACAUUUUUCUCUUGUUCAAAUGUAAAUGUUAACUUUAAACACUUGAUUCUGUGAUUGCUGUUUUUUUAUGUUCUGAACUCGAAAAAAAUACACCAGCAGCAAUUCAUGUUGCAAGUGCCUUCUUUGAUGCCCUUAUUCUGGGAGGUCAGUCGUUUUAAAACGUUUAACGGUGGAAUGUGUUUUCAGAUGUCCUUCGGAUGCUUUCAGUGUCACGCAUUGAUGCUGUCAAGGAAAAAAAAAUCGCUGAAGCUCUUUUACAGAAGAGGAUUGUAUUGUAAAUAUAUACUGUACCGAGCUGUCAUAAUGUUUCAUUAUAUUCAAAGUACCUUAGUCACAGUAUAUUGUUAUUGUUCUGAUUGUGGACAGGUCUGGGUUUCAGAUGUUCUCAGUUGAUGGUGAACCAGACCACGCUGGUUUUUGAGGGGCUAAGAAUGCAGAAUUCUGUGCUGCCUUGAUGAAAAAGCCUGGAAACAUUUAUCAGUGAUUUUGUACAUUUGAAUAAAUAAAUUUAUUGUCUAAAACCA